AUGUGGUCAUAUAUGGUUGUUGCCACGACCGCCCUUAUAGGGACUGCAUUAGGGACGGCUAUCCCUCGUGCUGAGAGUACCUGCACCGAGCCAGUUGUCCGAAAAGAGUGGCGCGAGCUUACAACGUCGGAGAAGGCUGAGUAUAUCCGCGCCGCUGUGUGCUUGCGCAAGCUCCCUCAACCAAGUACGCCGCGAUUGACGAGACAUCCACUUCGUGGCCAACUUUUACCCUGGCAUCGCUGGUAUCUACAGCUACACGAAAAUCUUCUGCGUACGGAAUGCGGCUUUACUGGUACUCAGCCAUACUGGGACUGGAGUCUCGAUGCCGACGCCUUGAACACAUAUCACUCUCCUGUCUUCGAUCCUGUCACCGGGUUUGGUGGUGACGGCAGGCGCACAGGCAGCAAUGUCCCUGGCUUUGAGCGUUGCGUAGUUGAUGGGCCCUUUGCUAACACCAACCUAACUUUGGCUAUGGGUUGGCCUGAUAUGAACUUCUCUGACAUGGCGAACAUGCUCGAGGGCUUGCCACAUGCACAAAUCCACAGCAUAAUAUUUGGCGAUAUGGGGCCCGCAACCUCGCCUAAUGAACCAUUGUUUUUCCUACACCAUGCGAACGUUGACCGUGCUUGGGCUAAGUGGCAGGGCCGAAAUUCCACUCGACUGGCUGACUAUACAGGGUUCCAGGACUCUCUGAAGACUAUCACAGCCUCAAUAGACGAUACUAUGCCCGUCAUGGCCCUCGCUGAUAACGAGCCAAUGGUUAAGGAUUAUAUGGACAUCCAGGCUGGUCCAUUAUGUUAUACAUACUCGUCUCUAUAA